AUGGCGCUGCGGUCCCUGCUCCGGAAGGGCCCCGCCCUCGCCGGCGGUCUCACUUCGCCGGUUUCCCUCCGUCCCAGGCCCCCGAUCAUCCAGGCGCUGCAACAGGCGGCGGGAUCUCGAUUUCUUUCGCACGGUCCAUCCGUAUCUGGGCCCCAAGCAGUCUACUCUGAAGAAUUGCUGCGGGAGAAAUCAGAUCGUGCGCAUGCAGAGUUCGAGAGGAACAUGAAGGUGAUACAGCAGCAAAUGGAUGAGCAGUGGAGGCUUGAGGUUGAGUUCUGGGCAAAGCUUCGCGGGGAGCUGCACACGAUUGAGAAGACCUGCAAUGUUCUGAUGUUCCUGUGUGCGUCUACAGCCAUCCUGUCGCUGACCAAUGCGAUGUAGUGGAGUA